AUGUCGAUGACGCAGGCCGAGCAAACUGCGCCGCGGACGCCUAUGACGUCCAAGGGGGAUCUCAGCGCGGUGAUGACGAUCGCAACGCCAGCUCUUGCGGAACAGUUUCUCGAGUUCUGCGUCGGCACGACCGACACGUGGCUUGCCGGAAACUGUUUGUCAGAAGCCAACUCGGUUCCCGCGGAUGCCGAGUUCGCAACCGAACAAGCGAUCUCGCUUGGACUGAUCCUUUCGGUCAUCACGACCUUUGUGCUGUGGUUCCUGGCCGACGACUACAUUGCCGCGAUGCAGUUGGAAGGAAAAGCGUACGACAUGGCGUUGCUUUACCUCCGCAUUCUCAUUCCCGCGAUUCCAGGGUUCAUGAUGAUCGCGGUAACGACUGCUUGCCUGCAUGGCGCCGGCGAUACGGUUACCGGGCUCAUCGUCAUGACAAUCGUCAACAUUCUGAACAUCGCCAUCAGUGCCGCGCUGGCGAUUG